AUGGAGUUAAGCUUCAUUCAAAGCAACCUCAACCACUGUAGUGCGGCUCAAGAUCUGUUAGCCCAAUACAUGGUUGAGGAGAAGAUUGACGUCGCGCUCAUAAGCGACCCCUACAGGAUCGAUGCCCACUCAACAUCCUGGAUCGCCAGCACAGGCACAAACAGGGCGGCUAUCUUCAUCGCGAGCAAUGGAGUAACAAUCGCCAACGUGGUCCGCGAUCCCGAAUUCAUUUCCGCUCGACUCAACGGCGUGCAGGUAUACUGCUGUUACGCCUCACCCAACCAGCCACUCGAAGACUUCGGCGAUCUGCUCCAGCGGCUCGGGGACAGCAUCAGAUCCACCCAGCGAGGCGUUCCCGUAUUAGUCACCGGGGACUUCAACGCCAGAUCCGCCGCGUGGGGCGACUGGGUCGAGAACCGGAGAGGCCAUGAAUUGAGUUCGCUGGUCGAGUCCCUCGAUCUCGUUACCUUGAACGAAGGCUCCACCCCAACCUUCCCCAGAGGCGCAGGAUCAAUCGUAGAUGUAACCUUCGCAUCGGAGACCCUGGCAAUCCGAGUAAAUAACUGGAGGGUGCUGGAGUCGGUGUUCAAUUAUAGUGACCACCACUAUAUCCGCUACUCCCUAGCGCGAAACAGAGAAAGCCCUUCCCCUGCUGCCUCCAAUACCUUCUGUGGCUGGGAAACCUCUGGGGGAAUUGACAGCAAUUCCUUCCUAACUGGAAUGCUGCUUGCCGAGUGGCUUGAGCAAGGCAUCGGCCAAGACAGACUCGACGCCGAUUCAGAAGCCGUAAACUUGCGCGCAAGGGUAACGGCUGCAUGCGAUUACGCACUACCCCCCCGACGAGCUCCCAGAGCGGGGAAGACCCCAGUGCACUGGUGGAACGGGGAGAUUAAUUCGUUACGCGCGGAUUGCGUGAGGGCGAAACGACGGAAGGUCAGAAUGGUGGCCCGUAUUGCCCGGCUCCGCAUGCGCCCCCCGGCUGACUUCGAUCACGUACGAGCAGAAUCUGAGCUCACCAGGACCAGCGACGAGUUCCGCGAAGCCAAGAGACAGCUAAAACUGGCUAUACUGCAGAGCAAAAAGAGAUGCUGGAAGGAGCUCAUCUCCUCAGUAGACGCGGACCCGUUUGGAAAACCUUACAAACUGGUAAUGAGGAAGCUGAGGGGACCUCCAGCGACAGCCUCGAUGGAGAUGCAGACACUGAGAAAUGUUAUCGGAACGCUGUUCCCAACAAACCCAACCAGCAGUUAUAGGGACCUGCCCACCUCUGAACCCCCAGUCCCUUUCUCCACGGACGAGGUUAAUGCGGCAGUCGAAAGGGCACGUAGCAAGAAUAAGGCACCAGGGCCUGACUGCAUCAACAGCAGAAUCCUAGCGGCAGUACACAAAGCCGACCAGCGCAUCCUAGUGGAGCUUUUCAACAAAUGCCUUCACCAAGGAACCUUCCCGCUGGAGUGGAAAUCUUCCCGGAUUGUUCUCUUAAGGAAGGGCAUCAAACCUGAGGGUGUCCCGUCAUCCUAUCGCCCGCUCUGUCUCCUGAAUGACGUGGGGAAGAUGUUGGAGUUCCUUCUGACCCGCAGGCUGGAUGACCACAUUACCUCGAUGGGCAACCUGUCGCCGAACCAGUACGGCUUCCGGAAAAAACUGUCAACUGAUGACGCGGUGCGCACACUACACUUUGCCAUCGUUAACGAAGUAAACGAUGGAAAAUUUUGCCUUGCGAUCAGCCUCGAUAUAAAGAACGCAUUUAACACCAUCAAAUGGCCGGAUAUAAUGGCAGCAUUGGCGAGCUGGAACGUCCCUUCCUACUUGCGCCGAAUGUUCCAGUCUUACUUCACGAGCAGGGCUGGAACGGUUUCCACCAGCUGCGGAAGCAUGGAGGUCGAAAUAUCUGGAGGCGUACCCCAGGGAUCCGUCGUUGGUCCCCUCCUCUGGAAUGCUACGUUCGACGAUGUCCUCAGAUUGCCUCUACCCCAGGGAGCGAAGUUGCUUGGAUUCGCGGAUGACACAAUGUUGAUGGUCUCGGCCAAGACUAUUGCCCAGUUGGAAACACUGGCUAACAAUGCUCUGCAGCUUGUAGUGGGCCGCAUCACAAACCUCAGCCUGCAGAUUGCAGCGGACAAGACCGAGGCUGUACUAUUCACUUUGAAGUACAAGUAUGAGACACCAAUAAUCAAGAUCGAUGGGAAGACAAUACCGAUUACGAAAAAAAUGACAUACCUCGGUAUAAUCAUUGACAGUUCCCUGUUCUUUAAGGAACACUUGAAGGCGGCAUCUGCAAAGGCGGAAAUGAUCGCCACGCAGUUGUCAAGGAUCAUGCCGAACGUGGGCGGUCCGCGGGAGGACAGGCGCCGUUUGCUGUCUUCGGUCGUCCACUCAGUGCUGUUAUACGGCGCACCGUCUUGGGCACAUACCCUCGACCUGAUCCCUGGCAAUGUGAAGCUGCUUAACCAAACUCAACGGAAGAUACUUCUCCGCCGCACCUGUGCCUAUAUAACGGUUUCAGGUGCAGCGGUGAACGUGCUGGCGUCAACUCCACCAGCUGACCUAUUGGCUAGAGAACGUGAGACCGAGUUCCUAGCAAGACGAGGAGGGCGAAUUGUUGCAACCAAAGAAGAAACCAGAAAAGUAACUAUCGCAAAAUGGCAGGCGAGAUGGGAUGCAGUGAAGGCGGAUGACCCAGGAAGCUGGACGAGGAGACUCAUCCCCGACUUGGCGACAUGGUGUUCGAGAGGAUUCGGCCUGGUCGAUUUCCAUUUGACCCAAUUUCUCUCCGGUCAUGGUUGCUUCGGGUUUUACCUCUGCAGGAUACGGAAAGUAGAGCAGCCGCACUGUGUCGACUGCAAUGACCCUCUAGACAACGCCGAGCAUGCGGUAUUCAAUUGCGACAGGUGGUGGCGUGCACGGGCUGAGCUGGAAGCCGAACUGUCAGUCGAAUUCACUGCAGAAACCGCCAUCACAGUGAUGCUGAAAUCAAGGAGCCACUGGGCUUCAGUGGCCAAACUCGUACACACUAUCCUGUCCACCAGAGAGAAGGAGGAACGAGAGAGACAGCGUGAACAAGCCGUGGUAAUUUAA